UUGGCAUGGUCCUGUGGCCAGAUUGGGGCAACCCUCAAUGUGGCAUAGGAAGCCUGACCAAUGUCUUUGAGGAAUGGAGGACCCAGGAAGCCCCAGCCAAUUGCUCUCAGCAACUCAACUAGCUGCCUAACGCCCGUGGCUUAUGGGGCACUGUCCCGCCCAGUUCCGCUAAGAUGCUCCUAGCCUCUCCCUCCACCCCAUCCAGGGGACGGACCCCCAGCGCGGUGGAGAGGCUGGAGGCCGACAAAGCCAAGUAUGUCAAGACGCAUCAGGUGAUAGCGCGACGCCAGGAGCCAGCCCUGCGUGGGGGUCCUGGGCCGCUCAUGCCGCACCCCUGCAAUGAGCUGGGGGGCUCUGCAUCUCCCAGGACGCCCAGGACGGCCCGCCGGGGUAGCGGCCGGCGGCUGCCAAGGCCGGACUCCCUCAUCUUCUACCGCCAGAAGCGGGACUGCAAGGCUCUGGUGAACAAAGAGAACGCCAAGGGCCAGGGGCUGGUGCGACGCCUCUUCCUGGGCGCCCCCCGAGACGCCUCCUCGAGCAGCCCGGGCCCAACGGAGCGACCUGCGGCUACAGGAGGUUGGGCCGCACCCCAAGAUGCCCCGGAAGCGGCGGGCAAGCGGGCGCUGUGCCCCACGUGCUCGCUGCCCCUGUCGGAAAAGGAGCGCUUCUUCAACUACUGCGGCCUGGAACGCGCGCUGGUGGAGGUGCUGGGUGCCGAGCGCUUCUCUCCGCAGAGCUGGGGCGCGGACGCCAGCCCCCCGCCUGGAACGUCGCCGCCGCCUGGCUCCGGGGACACCAGCGACUGGACAUCCAGCGAAGGCGGCGCGGAUCGCUCAGAUCACGCCGGCGGCGGCGGCGGCUCGGAGGCAGCGGGAUCGGCGCGGGACGGGCGCCCCCCGGUGUCGGUGGUGGAGCGCAACGCGCGCGUCAUCCAGUGGCUGUACGGCUGCCAGCGCGCCCGCAGCCCGCCGCGCGAGUCUGAGGUGUGACCGCGGCCGCUCGGGAGCGGGCUCCCGAGGAGUCUGGUAUCUGGGGAAGGUCCGGGGGUGAGCGCUGGGCUGGGCCCGGGCACCCGCAGGGACGCCCUGCCUCUGGCGCGCAGGUGGCCUUUGGGCAAGCCCCUCCUCCCCCCUCUGGAUCUGGGCUCCCCCAAGCAACCGUGGGGGCCUGGGCCCUUCCCGGUGCGGACAGCGGAGGCGGAGGAGGCCUCCGCGUGGCCCCUGUGGAGGCCGGGUCCGGGGAGUGAAGGCUGGGCUGAGAAUUCAGAGAACCUGCUGAAUAAAGGCAAA